AUGUCGCAGUACUCUGGAAAGAUCACCUUCUAUGAGGGGAAAUGCUUCACCGGCAGGAAGCUGGAGGUCCGGGGAGACUGUGAUAACUUCCAGGACCGCGGCUUCAUGAACAGGGUGAACUCCAUCCGUGUGGAGAGCGGUGCCUGGAUCUGCUUCGACCACCCCGACUUCAAGGGCCAGCAGUACAUCCUGGAGCACGGAGAGUAUCCCGAAUUCCAGAGGUGGAACUCCCACAACGACCACAUGGGAUCCUGCAAGCCCAUCCGCAUGCACGGAGAGCACUACCGCAUUGAGCUGUUCGAGGCCUGUAACUUCUCCGGUCAGUGUGUGGAGAUCUGUGACGACUGUCCCUUCCUGCAGAGCCGCGGUCUGUCCAAGAACUGCAUCAACUCCGUCAAGGUCUACGGAGACGGAGCCUGGGUGAUGUACGAGGAGCCAAACUUCCGCGGCCGCAUGUACAUCGUGGAGCGUGGAGACUACUGCAGCCACAACGAGUGGCAGGCCCAGAACCCCAACAUCCAGUCCAUCCGCAGGGUCGUCAACUACUUCUAAACCCUCACCUCUGACCUCUGACCCCCAAACUCCCUCUCCUGUAUCUUUUAGCACCGCUGUGAUCAUGUACAAUAAAUAAACCCGACUACGAUAAGAAACAGGUUUUUUAUCAAACACUUUCUG